AUGGUCCGGAUUACUUCCCUCGCAGUCCCCGGACUCGCGAUCCUCACUAGCUUCGCCUCCGCGGUCGCGACGCAGGCUGAUAUUAAGUCGCCCGACUUCACCACCCUCUCAGUGCCGGAACACCCGCACCACGCCAUCCGUAUUAAGGAGCAAAGCGAUGAGAUUUGUGACGCGGGCUCGAGGCAGUGGACCGGAUGGCUAGACACUGGUGGAAAGCACCUCUUCUUUUGGUAUUUCGAGAGUCUGAACGAUCCCGAGAAUGACCCCCUCAGCCUCUGGAUGACAGGCGGACCAGGCGGAAGCGGUCUCGUGGGCCUCAUGCUAGAACUCGGACCUUGCCUCAUCAACGACAACGGCACAGGCACAGUCCACAACCCCUACGCCUGGAACGCAAACACCUCCAUGAUCUUCGUCGACCAGCCCGCCGGCACGGGGCUCUCCUACUUCGACGAGGACGUCACCCCGCCGGCGACGUCCUACACCGCCGCCGAGGAUAUGAACAUCUUCCUCCGCAUCUUCUACCAAGCCUUCCCCGGUCUCGCCACCGCGCCCUUCCACAUUGUAGGCGAGAGCUACGGCGGACACUACAUCCCCGCGCUCGCCGCAGAGAUCGUCUCAUACAACACGGGUUCCCCGCCUCCCCAGUUCAAGGUCCCGCUGGCGUCGGUGCUUAUCGGCAACGGCUACGUCUCGCCCGCCGACACGACGUGGGGUUUCUACGAUACCCUCUGCACCACCAAACCCGGCGUCCCCGAGCCCGUAUUCAACGAGAGCAUGUGUGGGUUGAUUGCCGAUGCGCUGCCGCGGUGCAUGUACCUCCAGCAGGCGUGCUACGCCUUCCCGGACCCCAUCGUCUGCGGCGCCGCGACGGAUUUCUGCUUCGGGCACGUGGAUCUGCUGUAUUAUCAGGACGUCAAGGCCGGCGGACGGAAUCCGUUCGAUAUCACGAGGCCGUGCGAGACGGAGAAUAUCUGCUACGGUGCCGGGGAUGGGAUUGAGAAGUACAUUAAGACGGAGCGGGUGCUUGCCGCGCUCGAGGUGCCCGAGGCGGUGGGUAAGAAUUUUAGUCUCAUCUCCAUGGAUGUGAAUGAGCGGUUCGAGCUUGCGGGGGAUGUGUUUUUAACUACCGAGGCGGAUGUCAAGUAUAUCCUCGAGAAUGGCGUCGACGUGCUCGUGUACAACGGCGACUUGGACCUCGCGUGCAACACGGCUGGUAACGUGCGGUGGACCAACAAGUUGUCGUGGGCUGGGCAGGUUGAGUUUGUUGCUAGGGAGCUCGAGCCGUGGUUUGCGGUCAAGAAGGGAGGAGAGACGGUCCAGGCGGGUAUGUGGAAGCAGGUGUCUAAGAAGAUGAGGGGUGGCAAGGAGACGAGGCUUGCAUUUGUGACUGUUGCGGGGUCGGGGCAUAUGGUGCCGUUGGAUCAGCCUGAGGUUGGGUUGCAGAUGGUGAGGAAUUGGUUGUUUGAGGAUUUUGGCAAGGCUGCGAAGGGUGGUGUGGAGGUGGUGGUCCAGGGCCAGGAGGAGGAGUUUGUGUCCUUGGAUUUGUAG